GUUUGAAAUAAACAGAGAUCAUUUCAACAAUGUUGCCUGCCAUAUUAUUCAUACUUUCUCUCAUAUUUGUAUGGAUUGUAAAAAAGAUACUGUGGAAAGGAUUAGAUAUUCCAGGACCAAAAGGGACACCAAUUUUUGGCAAUGCUUUUCAACUUGAUCAAAAUGCUCCUUUUGUACAGUUUCUUCUGUGGAGUCGACAAUACGGAAGUGUAUUCAAAAUUCAAUUGUUUAAUGAAGAGGUGGUCGUCUUAAAUGAUUAUGAUGUCAUCAAAGAGGCACUGUUAGAAAAGUCCGGUGAUUUUGCUGGACGGCCUUCGUCAUGGCGAAUGAAAUUUAUAACUCCUGGAGGUCAUGAAGAUAUAAUAUGGAGGGAUUUAGGUCCUGACUUGAAAAAGCUGAAAAAGAUCGCACAUAGUGGUCUUAAACAAUUUGGGGAUGGCAUGGACCGAAUUACUUCUUUAGCAUCUGAUGAAAUCCAGGAUUGUAUUACAAGAUUCAGAAGUAACAAUGGUGUUCCUUUUGACCCAAGAGAACUUGUUGGGCAGUGCAUCAUAAACAUCAUGAUUGGCCUGGUAUUGGGAGAAAAUGUCAACAAAGACUCAGUAGACUUUAAAUUGAUGUGUUAUAUGUUGGAUACCAUGGACAGAUGUGGAGCAGCUGGCAUGGGCAAAGAACUGGAUAUGUUUCCAUGGCUUAGAUUCUUUGGAAACAGUUCUUACAAGAUUUUGAAAGAAUACAAUGAAAUAAGAGAAAGGCUUUUAUCGUCUUGGAUACAAAGGUCAGAGUAUAAGUUAAGUAUGCACACUGAAGAGGCACGCAGCGUAACUGAGACACUGCUUCAGCAUUACAAACUGGGAAAUAUCACUAGAAAUGAGAUGCAUGGAGUUCUCAUUGAUAUCCUCCUUGGUGGAAUUGUGACAACUGAAUCAACAUUGAAAGCAUUUCUCUUGAUACUUAUCAACAAACCUGAAGUACAGAAAAACAUACAGAGGGAAAUUGAUGAUUGCAUUGGUGAUGACAGACUACCAACUUUCAAAGAUCGCCAUAACAUGCCAUAUACUGAAGCUGCAAUUUUGGAAAUUCUUCGCUAUAGCACAACAUCAACACUGUCUAUACCCCAUAAGGCCCUGUGUGACACUAGUGUAGGAGGCUACAAAAUACCUCGUGGAACAGUGCUCUGGAUGAACAUUUGGGGAAUGCACCAUGAUGAGAAAUAUUUUGAUGACCCUUAUGAAUUCAAGGUAGAAAGAUUCUUGGAUAAAAAUGGCAACCUGAUUCUGGCACAUGAUAGGAAAUCCUUUCUACCAUUUGGAGUUGGCAAACGUGAGUGUUUAGGAGAGGCAAUGGCCAAAGUAAGAAUGUUUCUCUUUGUCACUGGUCUACUACAAAAACUGGAGAUUGUACCUGAAGAUAUAAACAAUCCACCUGAUCCUGAUCCAGCAAAGUUUGUAUGUGCCAUAACAAACCAACCAGGUCCAUUUAACAUUGUGGUGAAGGACAGGAGAAAUUGACAAUAAAUAUUGCAAAAUAAGCUGACCAUUUCAUGGAUAGUCAAUUUCAUACUAAUGUAUUUGUGGUUACAAGGGUAACAUAGUUUUUACAAGGUCAUAUACAGGGUGUUUCAUAUCUA